AUGCAAUGGUGCGGCCCAGGUGGCCCCCGCGAGCAGCUUCUCUGGGAUGCCUCCACAGGCUUGGCUUUGCCAACGAGGACGCUUUUCGUGACUCUGCUACUCCACCCUCGUGAGCUGCCUCUCUUCAGCUCUUGGAAGUGCCACGCGGAGCGUCUGAAUGUGACCUUUCUCGCUGCCAGCAGCCAUCGUGGUGCUCAUCGGGCCAUGUGCCAGGAGUCCUCUUUCGAGGCGGGUUUCGUUCCAGGUCCUUUGGGGAGUUCUCCCAACCGCCUUUGGCUGCUAAGCCGCUUGCUGGAGGAGCUUUCUCCUUGGAACUUCUUCUACUUGUCCCUCGAUGCGGUGUUCUUGCACCCCUUCUCAGGAUGGCAUUUCCAGGAAGAUCUGGUGGCCAUCGCAGGCACUUCUGCUGAAAUGCCAGAUGAACGUGAACACUUUUCCACUUUCUUUGCAUCUGCGAUCUGGUUGAGGUCCUUGCAGGCGGUGGCCGCUCUUCUUCACCAGGUCUCUGACGAGCCGCAGCUCUUGGGAAGCGGAUCGUUUUUGGAGGAGUCCUUGGCGCUUCAGCGUACGUUGAGCUCUACACAGGCCGCCGGCCUCGGCGGCUUCACUGUGGCAUGGGUUCAGGCAUCCGACACGCUGAUCAGCUAUGGGCGAGAGUUCUCCAUCCCCAAGCAGGUACAAGCCAUGCGCCAUCAUGGGCAUUGGUUCCGGGCCGACGGCGAAUAUGCUGCGCUGGCUGGUGAUUGGGAGCUCUUCUAUUCCAAUGGCUUUCGCACCGUGUACCACAUCAUGGACACCGGAGAGGUGACAGCUUCCAGUUCGGAUGGCCAAGGAGAAGGCAUGUUGGAGGUCCUGUUCGCAGGCCGCUUCAGCCACCGCCUGCAGGGCAUCCACCGGGGCGGUGUUUGGGAGCGCUUCCGCCUGGCGCGUCCAAACCAGAUGCAAUUGCAGCAUUGGCAACGAGCAGACGGGGACCAGGACGUGCUUGUGGCCGUGGCUCGAGGCUUUCGCCGAUGGAUGCCGCCUCCUGCAGGAUGUGGCUGCCCCGGGCCAAGCCGAUGGAAUACUCUGAACUCCUGUGCGACAGCGGUGGCCGCUGUGUCCAACGAGCAGCGCAACUUGAGCCAGGUCAGUCCAGAGGCGCUCAGUACGAGACCUCGGUCUCUUCACUCUCUUCAUCGCGCGUGGGAGGUGCCCUUGGGCCGCGGCGGGGGCUUCGGCUCGAAGCUCCAGAUCGCGGUCGCCGUCGCCGCCAAGCUCUUGCGCAAGCCGCACGUCACGGGUUUGGAGUUCAUCGGACACCUGGGGAGAUACACCAACAACUCUGCCUGCACUGGCCUCAGACACCUUCCGGAGGAGCGGCUGGAGCUGUUUGUUCCGACCCUUCCGACGACCUUCCGGACGUCCACUCGGCUGGAUCUCCGCAAAGGAGCUUCAGGCAACUCUAUGGCAGCCAAGCCAAUGGAUCGAGUCCUUCUUUCAGCACUUCUCGCGUGA